UACAGUAUCCCUUUAAUUGCACAGGAUAAUAAGAGUGACUUCCCUUUCCGGAAAAAGAUAGUAGACGCAAAUUACUCACAUAAACAGAUCUUCUGGACAGAAUACGCAAAAUGUCAGCUACACAAAACUCCAAUCCGGUGCCGGAAAGGAGAAAUCAGGUUAUGGUUGGAGAGUUGCCAACAGGGUUCCUAAGAAUCGACUCCUCCCCGCAACAACAGCAGGCCUAUGCUGAUGAGAGAGUUGCACGAGUGCUGCAGGCCCAACAGAUGUACCAGCCCAUACCAGCUAACGUGAAAGGGAGACUUAACCUUAGUAUUGUACAGGCAAAAUUGGUUAAAAAUUAUGGGUUAACAAGAAUGGAUCCCUACUGUCGUGUGAGAAUCGGGCACGCUGUCUUUGAGACACCCACCGCAUACAAUGGUGGCAAGAACCCACAGUGGGUCAGGGACAUGCAGUGCUUUUUGCCACAUGGGGUGGAGUCAUUAUAUGUGGAAAUUUUUGAUGAGAAAUCCUUCACAGCUGAUGACCGGGUUGCGUGGUCACACAUCGUGAUUCCACCUUCAGUCCUGCAGGGGGAGACCGUAGAUGAGUGGUUCACGUUGAGUGGGAAACAGGGCGAUGAAAAAGAGGGAACCAUCAAUUUGGUUCUCACAUUUACACCAGUACAAGAUCUGCCCCAGAUGAUGCCUGCCUUCCAGCCUGUGAUGUACCCAGGAACAGUGAUACAGGCACCUGGCAUGAUGUACCCACCACAACAGUUGCCUAUGCAGCAAGGGCCUGGUUACACUGAAGAAGAGUUCAAACAGGUCAAGGACAUGUUCCCUAAUUUGGAAGAUGACAUCAUACGCUCGGUGUUUGCAGCCAAUAAUGGGAACAAGGAGACCACGAUCAAUUCUUUACUGCAAAUGAGUGCUGACUGAAACUGAGUUGUUUUGGGAAAUCUGUUGACGCAUUUUCUGUUGAUUGACAAUUGUUCUGGUAUUUUGUGACUUUAAUGAAGUUUAUUUAUUUUUGUUAUUUGUUUUUUAUUUUGUAAUUCUUUAAAAUUAAUUUGAAGAUCUGUUAAUUCAAAUCGCCUUUUGAUUGAUUACAUUAUUUAUUUAAUCAUUGUUAAAGUUAGUGAAUUAGAGAUUUUAACGAUAAUAAUAUUGUUAUAGUGUUAUGAAGUGAUGGUUUUAUUGCUUAAUUAACAAAUGUGUGAAGAUAUGUACAUUAGUAUUUCUAGUAUCAAAAUGUUGAAAUUAUGAUGUGUUAAAUUUCAUUUAAACAUAGCUUAUCAUGGUUGCAGGCAUUAUACCAUAGUCAAUAUGAUUUCUUGUAAUUGUUUUUUGCAUACAUGUAUUGACAAUACAUGCUAACGUUUAAGUUAAUUUGUCAUUAGUUGUAUUCUUGUAAAACCAAGUCCACACAAAAUAAUUCAACUUUUUUAAAAAGAGAAAUGUUCAAAUGAAUAAUAAUGGUACUUUUUCAAUUGAAACAUUUUUAACCCGGUUUUCAACAAAUUUAAAAUCCUGUUUAUUAUAUUGUUAUAUGAUAGCAAGCUUACCGGGAGACCCAGUUGUUUAUAAGAAUGUAUUUAUAAGAAUACAGAAUACAUAAGAAUACAUUC